CUUCUACUUUCAAUCUCAACAAACAACUUAUCUCUAAACUUCCUUCGACAAUUGUGCAUCCAAACAAUGAGUUCUGCUCACAAAGAAUGUGUUUUUUUUGUGGCUCUUUGAAUAUCCAAUCACUUCUUCUUAUUUCAUUUCACGCCAACAAAAAUCUUUAACAACCCUAUAAGCAAAAAUUUCCUUUCUCUUCAUUCAAUCAUCUUGUUAUUUUUCAGUCAAAAAUUCUCAUCACACUUCCCAAAUCAUUCAUUUCUAAUUUCACCAUUCACACUUUUCUUCUCCUUUUAGUAUUAUCUAUCCUUUUUCUCUCACACUCUUUUUAUUCUCUCAUCUUUUUGUAUUUUUCCUCAAAAUAUUUAAUGCUAAAUGCUUAACUUUCCAUAAUCAAAUCUCUCAUCUUUUAACACCCUUUUAGAAAAAUCCUCCAUCUUCAUCAUUUCCUCAUAAAAAUAUUGUAUUUAACCCAAAAAUAUCCAUUUAAAAUUUCUCAAAAAUUUCUCAAAAACUAAGCCAUGGAAAUUGAACCUAGUUACAAACCUACAUCACUAGGAAACGAACCAUCUUCAAAUAUACCAUCUUUGAGUCCAUUGAGUGAAACCCUUUGGAGAGAAAAGGCGAAAACCGAGUUCAUCGGCGACGUUUCGGCAAGACUAACAUGGAAAGAUUUAACUGUUAUGGUAACCCUAAGCAAUGGUGAAACACAAAAUGUGCUAGAGAAUUUAACAGGCUAUGCUGAACCAGGUUGUUUUACUGCUCUUAUGGGACCUUCUGGUUCUGGAAAAUCAACUCUUCUAGAUGCACUUUCUAGUCGUUUAGCUUCUAAUGCUUUUCUUUCUGGUACUAUUCUUCUUAAUGGUCGCAAAGAAAAGCUAUCUUUUGGAACUGCUGCUUAUGUGACACAAGAUGAUAACUUGAUUGGAACCUUAACAGUGAGAGAAACAAUAUGGUAUUCAGCUAGAUUAAGAUUACCAGAUAAAAUGUCAAGAUCAGAUAAAAGAGCAUUAGUUGAGAGCACAAUAGUUGCAAUGGGACUUCAAGAUUGUGCAGACACAGUUGUUGGUAAUUGGCAUUUAAGAGGAAUAAGUGGUGGUGAAAAGAGAAGAGUUAGUAUUGCUUUGGAAAUAUUAAUGAGACCUAGAUUGCUUUUCCUUGAUGAACCAACCAGUGGACUGGACAGUGCUUCAGCUUUCUUUGUGACUCAAACACUACGUGCAUUAGCAAGAGAUGGAAGAACAGUGAUAGCUUCAAUUCAUCAACCUAGCAGUGAAGUGUUUGAAUUGUUUGAUCAAUUGUAUUUGCUUUCUGGUGGCAAAACUGUUUAUUUUGGCCAAGCUUCUGAUGCAUAUGAGUUCUUUGAACAAGCUGGAUUUCCAUGCCCUGCUCUGAGGAACCCUUCUGAUCAUUUUCUAAGAUGCAUCAAUUCUGACUUUGAUAAAGUCAAAGCCACUCUUAAAGGGUCCAUGAAAUUGAGGUUUGAAGGAAGUGAUGACCCUCUAGACAAGAUCACAACUGCUGAAGCUAUCAGAACUCUUAUCGAUUUCUACCGCACUUCUCAGCACGCUUACACCGCAAGGCAAAGAGUCGAUGAAAUUUCCAAAGUUCGAGGGACGGUGCUUGAAGCCGGAGGAAGUGAAGCUAGCUUCUUGUUGCAGACAUACAUAUUAACCAAACGAUCGUUCAUUAACAUGUCGAGGGACUUUGGUUACUAUUGGCUUCGACUCGUAAUCUACAUUGUGGUCACUAUCUGCAUCGGAACAAUUUACUUGAAUGUUGGCACCGGCUACAACUCGAUUCUGGCUAGAGGUUCAUGUGCAUCUUUUGUCUUCGGUUUCGUCACCUUCAUGUCGAUCGGUGGAUUUCCUUCAUUUGUCGAAGAUAUGAAGGUUUUUCAAAGGGAGAGGCUUAAUGGACAUUAUGGUGUGACUGCAUUUGUUGUAAGCAAUACAUUAUCUGCUACACCAUUUCUGGUAUUAAUCACUUUCCUGUCCGGAACAAUUUGUUACUUCAUGGUUCAACUGCAUCCCGGAUUUUCGCAUUACGUUUUCUUCGUGCUGUGUCUUUAUGCGAGUGUCACGGUUGUCGAAAGCUUGAUGAUGGCAAUUGCUAGUAUUGUUCCUAACUUUCUCAUGGGAAUCAUCAUUGGAGCAGGAAUUCAGGGCAUAUUCAUGUUGGUCUCUGGCUACUUCAGGCUUCCACAUGAUAUCCCAAAGCCGGUUUGGCGCUAUCCAAUGUCAUACAUCAGUUUCCAUUUUUGGGCAUUACAGGGUCAAUACCAGAACGAUUUGAACGGUUUAAUAUUCGACAACCAAACACCGGAUCUUCCAAAGAUACCUGGCGAAUACAUCUUGGAGUACGUGUUCCAGAUCGACGUGAAAAGAUCAAAAUGGAUCGAUUUAAGCGUGAUCUUAAGCAUGAUCAUCAUAUACCGCAUUAUUUUCUUCAUCAUGAUCAAGAUCAAUGAAGAUGUUACUCCUUGGGUUAGAGGGUAUCUUGCUAGGAGAAGAAUGCAACAAAAAAGUGGAGCACAGAAUACAACUAUUGCACCAGAUGUUCUCACUCAAUCUCCAUCUUUGAGAACUUAUAUUUCUAAUCAAAAGUAGAAACAUUUCACUUCAAAUUUGUCAUGUGAAGUUUUUUGUCUAUCUCUUUUGGUGAAAAUUAAAUGGUUAGUGAAAUUUUAUAGAGAGAUAGAUGUAAAAAGUUUACAUGAUAAAUUAUAUUGUGAAAUUUUAAUAUAUUUUCUUGAAGAAAAGGAUUUCAAAGACAAAAAGUUGUGUACUCUCUAAGUUUGAAGCUUUUGUUUUAAAUAGUAUUAGUGAAUAUAUAAAUAUAUGAUUUUUAUCAUUUUAAUUGGAGUUAUGUAUUUAACAGUGUUGGUAUCUGAAAUUUGGAGUGUUUAUUAUCAAGUUAUCCUAGUAUUUUGUUUGUAA